ACCCCAGACCGGAUGUGGCUGGCCACUCAGCUCUUCUUCUUCUGUGGUUCCGUCGUCGUCGCUGUUUGUUCUGGAUCCAGUGAAGCUGAGACCCGGAAUAAAAGUCCCGUUGUUCCAGUUCCGCACCGUUUACACCAGUUUGUCUCCUGACGACACGAACUACGUCACCUCUCGUCAUGGAUCCCGCGAGUCAAGAUAUCAACCUGAACUCUCCUAACAAGGGCCUGGGUGUGGAUCACGCAGAGGCCCAGUCGGACCCGGUGGUGGUGGAGGGGGCCGUGGCCACUCCGCUCAACCCUCUUCCACCCGGCCUGACGGAGGAGGAGGCUGAGGAGCUCCGCACUGAGCUCACCAGGGUGGAGGAGGAGAUCAACACCCUGCGUCAGGUCCUAUCAGCCAAAGAGAGACACGCCGCCGAGCUGAAGAGGAAGCUGGGCCUCAGCCCGCUCAACGAGCUCAAACAGAACCUCACCAAGGGCUGGCAGGACGUGCAGACCUCCAACGCAUAUCUGUCCGCCUCGGCCACUUUGGAUGACAUCACCCACUCUGAAGCAUACAAGAAGACUCAGGAGACUCUUUCCCAGGCAGGACAGAAAACCAGUGCAGCCAUCAGCACAGUGGGCACGGCCAUCAGCAGGAGGCUUGGUGAUAUGAGAGCUCUACCUUUCUCGAAUUCCUUUGGUAGCAACUAUUCCAUUCGCCACUCGAUAAGUAUGCCCGCCAUGAGGAACUCUGCCACCUUCAAGUCCUUUGAGGAUAAGAUGGGGAACCUGAAGUAACGACUCUUUGCUCCGCCCCCUGCAGUACAAGGUGGUCGGCCCCCGAGGGAACGGGGACGCCAUCGGCUCCCCCACCGACUCCACCCCCACUCAGGAGAACCCGCCUUUCUGAACGCACACCGCCUCUUCCACUUCCUGUUCACCCCCCCCCUCCUAGCUGCCACCUUCCUUCAUGACCUGAGACUGUACUGUUAUCACCUCACACGGCAGGCUCUGCCCUGACCUUUGACCCUCCACCUCACCGCCUCACCUCCACUCACUCGCCCCAAAGCGCCGACGGGCAGAGGCGGGGGACUUGUGAAUUUGAGGUCGAAGGUCAACCUGCACUCCUCUGCAUCACUGUUGAAAAAAUUAUUGUUGAUCUGUCGACCUGAAUAAUUUACAGACUCGUCGCUUUAGUCACUUCAUCACUUCCUCCCCGGUGACAUCAUCACUUCCUCCCCGGUGACAUCAUCACGUCCAAAACAAACACAUCAGCUGAUCAUCGAGGAAAACUGAAGGAAAACUAAGAUGUCAGAUUUUUCAUUUUGACCUGAAGUUGUUUAGAAACACUUCGUUCCCCAGAGGUCACGAGGCCCAAAGCGAGUUCAGCUAGUCUGUAAAGAUUUGAUCAAACUGAAUUGUGGUCAUUUGACCUGAGGGGGGGGGGGGGUGUUGG